AUCGAUGCUUGUUUCCAAUAUUUGAUGUUGGAUAUUAUUAUUAUUAUCUUGUGUGUUGUUGUUUGUAUAUUUCAUCGUGAAUGAUAACAAAGUUUGAUGAUUAUAAUGUAUAAUCAGGCAAAAGUUCGUGUCCUCAUAACAUGGAUUUUGACAAUGUAUUUUGUUAAUAUUACCAAUGCUUUUGAUCAGUUAUUUAAUCUAAUCAAUAAACCAAUUCAACCUACAGAACCAAGUUUUGGAGCGGAAAUUAAUAUUGGUUCGGUAGAAAUCAAUGAUUCAAAAUGUGACAAAGCAAUUACACCGUAUUUACAGGAAUGUAAAGACAUCUAUCAUGAAAAACUAACAAAUGUAGCAUUAGAAUUUGGCAAUAAUUUUCAAACUGAAUCAGUAAAAAAAAUUUCUUGUUGUGGUGUUUGGGAAGCAAAACAAUGUGCAAUCAAUGCCGCUAAUAAACUAAAAGAAUGUGGCCAUAAUAUUAGUUCACUAUAUGAAAGUUUGCCUUCCGAUCCAAUGAUACGUGCCGAUGUUUUUGAUAGAUGUUCGGAAUAUCGAGAAAAUUCUGCCAUUUGUAAACCACAUAUAUCAAGUUCUAUGUUCAGUUUACAUUCAUUGGUAUAUUUUAUUGUGAUAACCCUGUCCAUAAUGGCUUGUGUAUUAAUUGUAUUCAAAGUAGUAAAUAAACAGCGGCAAUACAAUAGAAGAUCAAACGAAUCAUACGAUCAUGUUACCAAAGAAGAUAAUUAUACUAAAGAUGAUAUCGAAAGUAAUGAUAAUGACGAAAAUCAAUAAAUAAAAAAAAAUUGAUAAAUUCUCAACAACAUUACAACAAAAAACACCGGUGAAUUAUUGUUUUUGCUGUUGUUUUUU